AUGUACGAUCCGAACGAUCUGGAGGUCAAGGCACUGAUUAACGAUGCCGCGCAACUUGCCCAGGACUUGCAAUUGGUACCGACAGAGUUGGCGGAGAAAUUUCACAAGCAGCUGCAAGACUUUGUCCUCAUGAAGUCUGCGUGGACAGGUAAAUCGCGUGAAGAUAACAACGCCUACAGCCCGAUCGCAUGGUGGUCGCUAGAAACCUCGAACACCUACGCGUUGGUGCAGGAGUUCGCAAAGUUGCUGUUGUAUAUCCCAACGUCGUCGGCGUCCAGCGAGCGUAGUUGGAGUAUCCACGGAUUUAUCCACACGAAGCUGCGAAAUCGCCUCACGCUUGAGCGUGUGAACAAGCUUGUGUUCGUUUAUACGAAUAUUGCGCGAAAAUCCGAAGUGAACCAUAUCCUAUACCAGCUCUAUCCAGAUGCAUACGACGACAGCGACAUCAGCGAUGAGAGCGAAGACGAAGAAGAUGAAAAUGUCGCUAGCAACCACCACCGGGCGGCGGUAACUGCUAUUACCUCUGAGUGCGAAGAAAAGGAAGCGGGUGAAGUCGUGCAAGAAGCUGCAGCGCCAGCUCAGAAUAUGUUUCGAACCCCUCCAGCUUCUCAAUACUUGGGCUCGGUCGAGAUCUCCACCUCCAUCGCAAGCUUGAGCACGGAAGCGGACAUCGACGAUGAGUUGCUGCACCGGUUCGGCACCGCGAUCGACGUCUACGCGUACUCGGACGAGCACGCCACGAUCGGCUCGGUCAUCCUCGUGAACGGCCUGCUCCAGCCGAGCUUCGUCUCGGGCUUCCUGUCGUACAAGUCCGGCCCGUUCUUCGUCUAUAGAGACUCGUCGUUGCUGGAGGACGUGAAGAUGGCCAAAAGCGACGGCACGACCCACACCAUAUACGACUCGGACGGCAACCUGGUCUUUAGCUACUUCAACGCGUACGAUAUGUUCGUGGACCUCGCGUCGGGCACGGGCCGGACCAUGAGCGCGCGCAAGCGGUUGCAGAUCUCGUACGCGCUGUCCGCCUCAACCACUGCGAACUACGCCUCCAUGAGCGAUCUCAUACGGCCGCCACUGCCAACGGAUGUGGUGCUGCCGACCUACUGGGUGCAGGAGGCGACGUUCCUGCCGUGCCUCAUCGUGUUCAUCAUCGUCGGCGUGCUCGAAAGGGGCGGCGGCGUCUUCCUCUAA